AUUAGCGGCACCAUAGUCUGCAAAUGACACGUUCGUUCCAGAGAAAAACAGAGAUAAGAGAAACAUGACUGAUCCCAUCGUUCACACUCAGCAGAUUCGGUUUCUUUCUUUCUCCCCAAUCUAAUCCCAUCUUCAUUUCAGUUUCAAUUUUAAUUCAAUUGCAUUUGCAUUUGCAUUUGAUUUCCCCACAAUGUCGAACCCGAAAGAAUUCACGGUGCCCCCAGUGAUUUUCCCCUCAGGCGGAAACCCAGGACCCUCAGGCACAGUCCAACGGCGUCCAACGGCGCCGUUUCAGCCCCGAGGCAACGCGAACCCAAUCCCCUUCAUGUCCUUCGAAAUAGGCGCCGCAACGACGUCGUUUCCCGCGCCACACUUCACUCCUACACCCUCCUCCUCCAACUUCGACGACGAGCCCCCACUCCUGGAAGAACUCGGCAUCAACACCAAACAAAUCUGGAACAAAACGACAUCGAUCCUCAACCCCCUUCGCGUCGCAAAUCCCAACAACCUCCACGACGACGCCGAUCUCUCUGGACCCGUGCUUUUAGUGAUGUCGUUUGGGCUUUUCCAACUCCUCGCGGGGAAGAUCCACUUCGGAAUCAUUCUCGGGUGGGUCACCGUUUCGGCGUUGUUCCUCUACGUUGUGUUUAACAUGCUGGCGGGGCGUAACGGCACGUUGGAUCUGUACCGUUGCGUGAGUCUCAUUGGGUAUUGCAUGUUGCCCAUGGUUAUGCUUUCCGCGCUUUCGCUGUUUCUUCCGCAAGGUGGGUUAGCUAUCUCUGUUGUUGCUGUCGUUUUCGUUGUGUGGUCCACUAGGGCUUGCACUUCGCUCCUCGUGCAAGUCGCUCGCUGGGAUGAACACCCUGGACUCGUUGCCUAUGUUUGCUUCCUCAUUUAUACCUUGUUCUCGCUUCUCGUUGUCUUUUGAAUUUCUAUUCUUAAUUUUUUUGUAGAAUAAUGAAUUGGAGAAAAACAUCAAUUUUAUUUGAGAUUGAUUGAUUGAUUCUAUUUCGAAAUCGCCAUUUCUGAUUGAGACUAAAUUUGCUUUCUCAGAAAUAUAAUUAGGGGCCGAAUUGAUCGAUGAUGUGGGUUUUAGGAAUUAAAUUGAUGUUUUACUCAACUUUAUAGUUAGUGACUAGUGUGUGUCGUUAGUUUGAUUCAUCACAUUGAGCCCGCCCUAUUUUACAGUCAAAAGGUUAGCAACAUUAGGCUUCUAUAUUCAUGGGAAUGAAUGGCUUGUGAUUCAAAGGGGAAAUUCAGCCUUUUUUUAACUGUAUCAUUCUUUCAGAUUUUGGUCAGUAUCUCAUCAAUGAAAAUUCUUUUUCAUAUUUUGUCAGCUGAAAUAACAAGUCCUUUUCUGCGCUCUGUUAUGAUUAUGUGUUGGUGGUGUUCUUGCAUAUUGUGGAUAUUCAUAUGCUGUAAUCCGUGUUGUACACCAAUGAUGAUUACAGCAAGGGAUGCCAAAUUUUGAUGAUGAAUACUGCAUUCUGGGCAUCUUAACAACACGUUAUCAUGAAUAUUUAUCGUACUAAUUAACAGUUCGGCCACUAGGCAAUGUCUGUCAAACUAAAGCAUUCUAGAUUAGCAGGAAAUAUCUCAAGCCUUCAAAAUUUAACUUUGGGGCAUGCUUAUUAUCGUACUAAUAUA